CCCCCCCCCCCCCCCCCCCCCCCCCCCCCCCCCCCCCCCCCCCCCCCCCCCCCCCCCCCCCCCCCCCCCCCCCCCCCCCCCCCCCCCCCCCCCCCCCCCCCCCCCCCCCCCCCCCCCCCCCCCCCCCCCCCCCCCCCCCCCCCCCCCCCCCCCCCCCCCCCCCCCCCCCCCCCCCCCCCCCCCCCCCCCCCCCCCCCCCCCCCCCCCCCCCCCCCCCCCCCCCCCCCCCCCCCCCCCCCCCCCCCCCCCCCCCCCCCCCCCCCCCCCCCCCCCCCCCCCCCCCCCCCCCCCCCCCCCCCCCCCCCCCCCCCCCCCCCCCCCCCCCCCCCCCCCCCCCCCCCCCCCCCCCCCCCCCCCCCCCCCCCCCCCCCCCCCCCCCCCCCCCCCCCCCCCCCCCCCCCCCCCCCCCCCCCCCCCCCCCCCCCCCCCCCCCCCCCCCCCCCCCCCCCCCCCCCCCCCCCCCCCCCCCGCCCCCUGAGGCGCCCCGCCCCAGCGAGCUGGGCGUGA